AUGGAUAUCGCCCGUAUCAUCAAGCCCUGGAAGCGUCAACCGCACAGGGCAUUCGUGUUCACAAAUGCUACAAUCAUCGACCCGGUCGAGGGUGCCCUGAUUCCCAAUGCAACCGUCCGAGUCGCCGACGGUAAGAUCACUUCAAUCAGCACAAGCGAGACGGCCACAGAAGACAUCCCCGAGGAGAACAUUAUUGACCUGAGCGGAAAAUAUCUCUGUCCCGGUCUGAUUGAUUGCCAUGUCCACAUCGCCGUAGUGCCCGGCGAGGCAGAUCUCCGCGCCUACAAAGACAUGACCGAGCGAAUCAGUCUUUUGCGCCAGCCACAUGUCCUGAAGACCAUGAUUGAGCGUGGAUUCACCUCCAUCCGUGAUUGCGGUGGUGCCAGCCUGGCCGUGAAGGAGGCCGUUGAGGACGGAGUUAUUCCUGGUCCUCGUCUUUUCAUUGCCGGAUUUGCGCUUUCGCAGACCGGUGGACACGGAGAUAUGCGGGGGCCGCAUUCAGAGGAGUUGUGCUGUGGUGGUACUAUUUCUGGCAUUAGUCGCAUCGUUGAUGGGCCGGCUGAGUGCUAUAAGUAUGCGCGUGAGGAGCUUCGGCAGGGAGCUGAUUUUAUCAAGAUUAUGGGAGGUGGUGGUGUGGCAAGCCCUACGGAUCGCAUUGACCAUGUCCAGUUCUCUGAUGAGGAGAUCAAGGCUAUCGUUACUGUUGCCAAUAAUGCUGGGACCUACGUGACAAGUCACAGCUACACACCACAGGCGAUCCAACAGGCGAUCAACCUGGGUGUCCGUGGAAUUGAACACGGUAACCUGAUUGACCUGGAGACGGCUAAAUUGAUGGCAGAGAAGGGCACCUUCUUGACACCCACUCUCAUUGCCCACGUCAUGUCCAAGCAGAUGAACUUCCUCCCGGCCGAAAGUGCCGCAAAGAACGACGAGGUUCUGGAGAAGGGAUUGCGCGCGAUGAAAAUGGCCUUUGACGUUGGAGUCACUGUCUGCUUUGGCACUGAUCUUCUGGGUCCGAUGCACUUUGCUCAGAGCAAGGAAUUCUCCGUUCGCAGCAAGGUUCUUACUCCUAUCCAGAUCCUGCGCAGUGCUACAAUCAACGCUGCCCGUCUGGUCAUGCAGGAGGACCGGUUGGGUCAGAUUAAGGAGGGAUUUACCGCUGAUAUGUUGAUCCUUAACGCCAAUCCCUUGGAGGAUAUUACUGUCCUCGAUCGGGCUGAAGAAAGCAUCAUGGGUGUUAUCAAGGAUGGACGGAUUCUCGAAUCCCGCUGGGAGAAGUUGACCGCCGAAGCGUGA